AUGUCGGCGUCGACCAACUCUGACCUGGCCGAGAGCCAUGAGGAGAACAACACAGUCGAGACGAAGAGAUGGCAUCGAUCAAGCAUGUUCAAUGCCUGUGUGAUCGGAACCGUCGGCUUCAUGGCGCCAGGUCUCUGGAAUGCCAUGAACUCGCUAGGUGCGGGAGGUGCACAGAAGCCCUUCUUGGUCAACGCAGCCAAUGCUUUGGUCUUUGGCUUGAUGGGCUUCUUUUGCUUGUUCGGCGGUCCAAUCGCAAAUCGUAUAGGUCUCAAGUGGACUCUGGUUCUGGGCGCUGUGGGCUACCCAGUCUACAGUGCAGGUCUCUAUACUAACAAUAGAUAUGGCAACGUGUGGUUCGUUCUCGUCGGUGCAGUCGCUUGUGGUAUCAGUGCUGGAUUGUUCUGGGCUUUCGAAGGAGCUGUUGCUCUGGGCUAUCCUCCACCAGCCAAGCGUGGGCAAUACAUGAACAUCUGGCUCGUGUUCAGGACAGGAGGGCCCAUCCUCGGAGGUGCUAUCCUGCUUGGUCUUGAUCAGUACGUCCAACGUUCCGACGGCAGCAAAGUCAAGAUUGUCCAGGAAAAGUCCUUUGCAGCCGAACUGCGUGCUCUGGUCACCGCUUCCAAACGACGCGACAUUAUUCUCUUGCUCCCUGUAUUCUGGGCCGCCUACUUUAACCAAUACUCUGGAAACUUUCAAACCUAUUACUUUGGUCUUCGUGCGAGAUGUCUGAUCGGCUUCUUGACCAAUUUCAGCGGCAUCAUAUCUUCAUUCCUGGUUUCAAGUUUACUUGACUACAAGCCAUCGCCCGUAAAGAAGAGAUUGAAUGUCUGGUAA